AUGCGCCUGGCUUCCCGGUCCAUGUGGACCCUCACGGGUGCCUGUGUCUGCCUUGGCGCCGUCACCAGAGCCGCCGGUGUCCUCGAUAUCGGUCUGGUAUUUCCCCGUACGAACGGCGCGUAUUCGCUCAUGGACGAUUUCCCCAUUGUAUUCGCCCUCCAGAACUCCAAGCUAGCCGAGCAUCUCAAGCCCUCCAUCUGGUACCGGAUCCUCAACGUGACUGGGGACAUUGAAGCCCUGGUUGAUAGCACCCACGAGUUCAACGGGACCAGCGCUUCGCAGAACGACCCUUAUUUCUUGUGGAGCCACAUCAAGGUUCAAGGCGAGGGCAAGCUUCCUCUGGCAGCCGCGCUGGUCGUCAUUAAAGAAGGGGGCGAAAAGGCGGACCUCGUUGCCACCACCAACAAAGGCAACAGCGAGGCCUGCCCGAAUGAGGGGGUCGGCAUCGAUGUGACCGACAAGACACUCGAGGCUCAGCGUGCCGCAUCCUCAGCGCGUGAGGCUUGUGCGGUUCUGGGCACCUCGUCCCCCACGUCAACCUCGAAUCCUUGCAAAGCCAAGAUUGACAAGGCUACCGUCGAGAGCAUGGAGGCCGCUGACCUCGAGAAGAAGUGCAGGGGCCUGAACCCGCCGAGUGAGUGUCCCAAGGGCGGCUUCGCGAGUCCCAGGUUGGCUACUACAGGACGGUACGCCCACGUCCUCGACUCGGGAGAGGGCUGCAACGACAACCCCAUGAGCAAGGACGUUCACAACAACGCUGCCAACGCCAUUCCGGUCUGUCGCAACAGCAGGCUAUACUACCCGGUCGUGUCUGAGGAUGACACUCGCCUGAGUAAGUGCGAGAGCUCCGGCGGACCCGGCACCUGGCAGAUCACCUGCCCGGAUAGCGAAUUCUCCGCGGCCAAGGAUAUCGGCUCCCUCAGGGAUGGCGACCUCGGCAGGCUGAUCAAGGAGGACAUCGUCAAAGGUGCCCUGGUAUCAUUGGCCGACAACGACAGGACGAACGAAUACAUUAACAUCACCAAAUUGUCUGACGAGAAGAGCACCCGCGAGAAGACGGUUGGCCAUGAUGCAGCAGUUGUCUCCUUGGGAUCUGAUGAGCAGAAAGCAAUAUCCCAGGCAGGAACUCGGCGGGAGCUAUGUAGCAAACGAGGAUAA